ACUUAAAAGAAGCCAACUCAAGUUGAUAACCCUCUUGAGUUCUUUGUCUUUUAUAAUACAUGCGUAUAUAGCCGAUUAAUAAACUAGUCCUUACAAACAGAAACAUUAGUCUUUUUUUUUUUUUUUCCUUUUCUUGCAGGAGAGAGAGGUGGUCAUGUCGCUUGCUUAUUGUGUUAAGGAACAGAAACCUUGUGUUCGUUGGGUGGAGAGAUACUUCAAGGACUGUCUUUGCAGUCUAAAAGAUGAAUUAUCUUUUGGGUUUGGCUUUGUUAGUUUAGUCAGUUGGGGAGUUGCAGAAGUCCCUCAAAUCAUUACCAACUUUCGCACCAAGUCUAGCCAUGGAGUCUCCCUUCUUUUUCUCUUAACUUGGGUUGCCGGAGAUGUUUUUAAUCUUGUGGGUUGUCUUCUUGAGCCAGCAACGCUACCAACCCAGUUCUACACUGCUCUACUCUACACGACAAGCACCAUAGUAUUGGUGUUGCAGGGUUUAUACUAUGAUUAUAUCUACAGGUGGUGGAAAGGCCAGAAAAAUGAAGUUAACCAGCAGGUGGAAGAUGAAAAAAAACCUUUGAAACCAAAGUUAGGUGAUUCAGGCAUUCCAAUACCCAAUGCCUCAACAAGAUCAACACCACGCAGGGAGUAUUACUACACUUCUGCUAGAUCAAUGGCAAGUAGUGGUACACCACCAUUUCGAGGUUACCUUAGGACAGCUAAAAGUGGUCCUUCAGCUAUGGGAUUUGACCAUGAGUCUUCAUCUUCAGAUGAUGAGGCUGCACCAGUUUCAGCUGCAUCUGUUAGCCAGCCUAGGCCAAUUCCACGAUCCGCUGGUUAUGGGACAUUUCUGGCCACAUCACUUAACCUGCCACUACAAAGCAAGGCUUUGACAGAUGCCUAUAUUGGAGUUACUAGUAGAAGACUCUUACAUCAGGAAGGUAGUGGAAUGGAGCACAGCGCUUUUGGGCAGUGGUUAGGAUGGCUUAUGGCAGCUAUAUAUAUGGGUGGCAGAAUCCCUCAAAUCUGGUUAAAUAUUAAAAGAGGGAGUGUGGAGGGUUUAAAUCCUCUCAUGUUCAUAUUUGCACUGGUAGCCAAUCUCACUUAUGUGCUAAGUAUUGUUGUUAGAACUACAGAAUGGGAGAGCAUCAAAGCAAACAUGCCAUGGUUGCUGGAUGCUGCAGUCUGUGUGGCACUUGAUUUUUUUAUCAUACUGCAGUACGUGUACUACAGAUACUUCCGUGAGAAAAAGAUGAGACAUGGAGAAGACUAUGGAGACUAUAUGGACGCAGUUAAAUAGAGCUAAUUUAGACUGAUUGUAUGCUAUAUUUGUAAUAUUUUCAGAUUCAAUCUCCGCAUUAAUUACAAUAUUAGAUAUCAUUUCAUCUCCUAAUGGUCAGGUUAUCAUGACUGUUAACCUAUUGAUAACAGAAAAAUCUAUUUACUGGUGAAUACAUUUGGAAUGAUGAAUUCUCCUCCGCCAGUAUUAGAAAUAAAAUAGUAUAAGAAAUUAUUUUUUUUA